AACCAGUGCAUUUUUCGGUUCAAGGUCAAUGGAUGAGGAUGAGGAGGUUUUCUCAGCUCUUGAGACCCAGCUAGAUAACAUAUUCAUGGUUUUGUCUUCUACAGGCUCCAGCGACUCUGGAUUAUCGGAAUCACAGCAUGGCCUUAAUGAUAAACAUAUGGCAUCGUUUCUAGAUGCUUGCCGGAAAAUGGAUUCCUGGUUUAUUAAAAAGCGCCUGGCAUUAUCAACCUAUUGCCAGGAUUACGCACUGAAAGAGGAAAUAGAUGCACUGAAUGCAGAGUGCGCAAGAAAGGAAAAGCUCGCUCAGGAGUUAAAAAUGCGAAUAGAAGAUUAUUCCAAGUCAAUCGAAGUCAUUGUAGACCAACGAUAUCGAUUAGUUAGCCUUUUCUCAUUCACUCAUCUUCGAAGAUUGUUUCAAACAAUCAGCGGAGUUUUGGAUCUGCAGGACAGUAUCAGUUCCAGUCAUCAUACAGGAUCAAGGUCAUAUUGUAACAACGAACGAUAAGGGCCAGGCAACAGAUCGUCUAUUUAGGAAAUCAGCAGAUACUUGUAGAUUUUCAUGUACAUCAUUAUGGAUCGUUUUAAGCAAACAAACACAGUCUUCUGAUUGGUGGUUUCUCGUUGAAUGUUAAUCUUU